AUGUCGCAUUACGCCUUGGGUGGCUCCUCGGACACCGAAAACCAGGCAGCAUCCCACGAUGGUCGAAAGCCAGAAGAAGCCUCAGUGGCAGGGGCAGAAAGGAGCUCAACCACUUCACCGAGCGAUCCCUCUUCUCGUUGGGCUUCACUCCGGAGAGUGUUCUGGAGAAGCAGAAGGAGUCGGGGGGAGGAGGAGGAGGAACCGGACUCCGAGAAGAGCAAUCUGUACGAGGAGCUGCUGCGCAUCGUGAGGGAGCGCAUCCAGCCGGACGCGGUGGUCAGGAUCGGGGAGAGCCAGCACCCCGUGCACCUGAUCGUCCUGCAGUGCUUCUCGCGCACCAUCUGCGAUCUCGGCCAGAAGGCGGUCGUGGAGCUGCCCGAGGAGCAGGUGACGCCGCGCGCCUUCAGCCUCAUCUACGACUGGAUGAUCGAGGAUCGUCCGCUCCUGCCGCGGCUCGGCAUCCUGGAGGUCCUCCAGGCGGCGCGUUACCUCCAAGUCCCCCAGCUGAUCGCUCAGUGCGACUACUGCCUCUCCGCCGGAAUCGCAGAGGACUCCGCCAUGAUGCUCUAUCUGGAGGCGCGCAUCCUGAAGGUGGAGCAGGAGUACCGCCACCUCCUCUCGCGCGUCUCCAAGUUCUUCCUGCCACUGGUGGCCACCAGGGAGUUCCUGCGCCUGCCACUCGCCCCGCUGCUCGUGCUGCUCACCUCGAACCACGUGGGCGUCAACUCGGAGCUGGAGAUCUUCAUGGCGGCCGCCCGCUGGCUGGACUACAAGUGGCCCCAGCGCAAGGAGCACCUCGCCGCGGUGGUGAGUGGCGUUCGCUUCGGCUUGGUUCCUCCUUGGCUGCUCGCCCGCCUCCAGAAGCCGGAUUUGUCGGCCGAGGAGGUGCGCAGGAUCGUGGAGGAGCCGCCGGUGCGGGAGGCCAUCCACGAUGGGAUCGCGUACACCACCACGCGGCUCUACUACGGAGCGGAGCGCGAGGCCUUCGCGGAGCACCUGGCGAGGACCAAGUCCACGGCGCCGGUGCAGCGCACCUGGAUCUACGACCGAAGGUGCCGCCACCACCACCGCCUCCACUGCAAGGUCACCCAGGAGCUGACCUUCGAGGCCUUCGUCGACUAUCUGGAGUUCCUGCAGAGCCAGCCGCGCGACUACUGGCACUCCUUCGAGCCAGUGGAGGCCAGCCACGUCUGCUUUGGAUGCUCCAACAAGGAAAAGGAAAAGGAGGAGGGAAAGAAGGAGGAGGAGGCAGCCAAGCAACCCACCGAGAGACCUUAGAUUCUAGUUCAUAUUUCGUACUUUUUUUUUCAUUAUUACUUCUGUUAUUGAAC